GCGGCGCUAUAUCAUUGACCCGUAUUUUGGCACCGACGCCCUGAAAUUCAUCAUACUAGGCUAGCAUGCAUAUCAUGCAUGUACUUCCGCCUGAAAUUUGAGACAGGUUUCCUGGUUCUUUGUGCUGACGUGACAGGACUAAAACUAAAGAAGUCGACACUGAGCAAGAACCUCAGGGAGCUAGUAAACCUCAGCUCCAGCCUGGAAAGAUGGCGGCCACUGUCACGCUUGAGGAUGCGUUGUCCAACGUGGACCUCCUUGAGGAGCUGCCCCUCCCUGAUCAGCAGCCCUGCAUCGAGGCCACUGCAGUCUCCAUCACCUACCAGGCCAACUUUGACACUAACUUUGAGGAUCGGACAGCCUACGUCACAGGCAUGGCCAAGUACAUUGAAGAGGCUACGGUCCACUCGGAACUGAAUAAACUUCUUGAGGAAGGAGAGAGCUAUGCUGUCAACCUGUACACAUGGAGGAGCUGUUCGCGAGCCAUGCCGGCGAUCAAAUCCAAUGACCAGAGCAACCGUGUGGAGAUCUAUCAGAAGUUUGUGGAAGUCAUUGAACCAGAGGUCACCAAGCUGGUCAACUUCAUGUACUUCCAGCAACGAGCUAUCGACGCCUUUUGCCGGGAUGUCAAGCGUCUGUGCCACUCGGAGAAGAAGAAGGAUUUUGUAUCAGAGUCCUACCUGUUGACCCUGGGCCGACUCAUCAACAUGUUCGCUGUGCUGGAUGCCCUCAAGAACAUCAAGGCGAGCAUCAGGAAUGACUAUGCUGCUUACAGAAGAGCGGCCCAGUUUCUCCGGGUAAUGGCGGACCCCACAGCCUUACGCGAGUCCCAGGAAGUGGUCAUGUUCCUGGCCAACAAUGACAAGAUUACCCAGACGCUGAAAGAAAACCUCGUCAAGAUCGAUGGCUAUGAGGAGUUACUUUUAGACAUCAUUAACCUGUGCGUGGACAUGUAUGAGGCACGGCAGUAUGUGGUGCCUAGUGAGAAGCAUGUAUUGGUUAAGGUGAUGGCAUUUGGCCUGUUUCUGUUGGACACUAAGGAGAUGGUCAACAUCUACAAGUUGGACCAAAGAAAGAAAAUCUCCCUUUCAAGAAUUGACAAGAUUUUCAAGCAAUUGGAAGUUGUCCCACUCUACGGUGACAUCCAGAUCCCAGUCUUCUCCUACAUCAAGAAGAGUCCCAACUACGAGGCCCACAAGUCUACCUGGAGCUGUGAAUCUGGCAACACCUCCCAGUAUGACCUAUUGGAACACCUGGUAUCCAUCCGAGAUGACCACACACGCUACAUCAGCCAGCUGGCUCGCCACAGCAACAAGGAAGUGACCACUGCGUUGAAAGAUACCGGUCGUUCUGAGGCCGAAAACAGGGCACUGUACAACCUGGCAUUGAAGGGACUCCGCCUGCUCUCCAAGUGGACAUCGCUUGUCACUGAACUGUUUUCCUGGAAACUGAUCCAUCCCGCUGACAAGCGCUCCAAUCCCAAGAUUCCCGAUAAGGCCGAGGAAUAUGAAAAGGCGACCCGCUACAAUUACAGCAGCAGUGAGAAGUUUGCCCUGAUUGAGGUGAUUGCUAUGAUCAAAGGCCUGCAGGUCCUGAUGACUCGCAUGGAGAGCGUCUUCCAGGAAGCCAUCCUGCGUACCACCUACGCUGAGGUGCAGGACUUUACGCAGAAGACGUUACGGGAUGCGCUGCGCACUGCUGUCAAAAAGAAGAAGAACCUGAUCAAAACGAUCAUCCGUGCUGUGCGCGAGACCUGCUGUGACUGGACCAAUGGGACAGAACCAGCCGAUGAUCCAUGCUUAAAAGGGGAGAAGGACCCCAAGGGAGGCUACAGCAUCAGCGUGAAAAGGCGGACAGUUGGACCCUCGAGCACACAGUUGUACAUGAUUCGCACCAUGCUGGAGUCACUGAUAGCCGACAAGGGAGGUACGGGCAAGAAGACCCUACGCAAGGAGCUAGACGGACCCUCCCUGGAAGCCAUUGAUGAAUUCCACAAGAGAUCCUUCUUCUACAAGCAUCUCCUCAACUUCUCAGAGACACUCCAGCAAUGCUGUGACCUGUCCCAGCUAUGGUAUCGAGAGUUCUUCUUGGAGAUGACUAUGGGAGAGCGAAGACAGUUCCCCAUUGAUAUGUCUAUGCCGUGGAUUCUGACAGAUCACAUUCUGGAGACCAAGGAACCUGCUAUGAUGGAAUAUAUCCUGUACCCACUUGAUUUGUACAGUGACAGUGCCCAGUAUGCACUGACAAGAUUCAAGAAGCAGUUCCUCUAUGACGAGAUUGAGGCUGAGGUUAACUUGUGUUUUGAUCAGUUGGUCUACAAGCUCAGCGAUCAGAUAUUUGCUCACUACAAGGCACUUGCAGCAAGUAUUCUGUUGGACAAGCGUUUCCGUACGGAAUGUGAGACCUACGGCAUCAGCAUUCCCUACCCACCGGCCAACCGAUACGAGACUCUCCUAAGACAGAGGCACUUACAGUUGCUGGGUCGUUCCAUUGAUCUGAAUCGCCUGAUCACACAGAGAGUCAGCACAGCCAUGUACAAGAGCAUGGAGACGGCCAUCAUUCGCUUUGAAAGCAGCGAUUUGACAGGAAUUGUGGAGCUAGACUGUCUGUUGGAGGUCAACCGCCUGACUCACUCCCUCCUCAGCAAACACAUGAAGCUGACCAACUUCGGUUCCAUGCUCCGGGAAGCCAACCACAACGUCAUGGCUCCCUAUGGCCGCAUCACGCUGCACGUCUUCUGGGAGCUCUGCUCCGACUUCAUUGUGUCGUUCUGCUACAACGGCUCCACGGAAAGGUUUGUCCGCACCAAGCUUGCCUUUGCACAGCCACAGAACAGGGACAAGCCACCCUCUUCAACUGCAUCCUACAUCUAUGGAAGCAAGUUACUGAACACAGCCUUUGCGACAGUCAACAGUCUCAACAGCACGUUCAUUGGAAUUCCGCACUGUCGCUGCAUUGCCCGAUUGCUAGGAUACCAAGGCAUUGCUGUCGUCAUGGAGGAACUCCUGAAAGUCAUCCAAAAAUCGAUAAAUGACUAUAUCUUGCCGUAUGUGAAGAUGCUAAUGGACGUCAUGCCUCAGACAUGUAAGCUGCCAAGAUUUGAGUACGGCACGAAAGGUGUUGUUGCCUACUACUCGGCACAUCUUCAAGACAUUGCCCAGUACGCUGAUCUCAAGAUGAACCUCUUCCACAACUUCCAGGAAGUGGGCAACGCCAUCAUCUUCAUGAAGAUGAUGGAGCAGUGUCUUGCUGUGGAAGAAGUCUGUGACCUGCUCCAUGCAUCGCCGUUUCAGAACAUCAUCCCGAAACCACACGUCAAACAGAAUGAGAAACUGGAUAAUAAGUUGAAGAGAUUGGAGAUGAACUACGCCCCACUGCAGGUGGUCCCUGUGGUGGAGAAAAUGGGAACGCAAGAGCAAAUCGCUGACGCCCGAGAAGGCGACCUCCUGACACGCGAGCGCCUGUGCUGCGGACUCACGAUGUUUGAGAUUAUCUUGAACCGCAUCAAGGGAUUCUUGACGGACGAAAUCCUGACCGGGCCGGAACCGGCCAACGGCGUCAUGAACAUCGACGAGUGUUCCGAGUUCCACAGGCUCUGGAGUGCCUUCCAGUUUGUGUACUGCCUGCCACUCAAGGAACACAACUUCACUCCAGAGGAGAGCUAUGGCGAGGGGCUGAACUGGGCUGGCUGUACCCUGAUCACCCUGCUGGGGCAGCAGAAACGCUUUGAGGCCCUGGACUUCUGCUACCACAUCUUGCGAGUGCAGAAAGUGGAUGGAGUGGACGCAGAUAUCAACGGAAUUCCCAUCGGACGUCUUGUUGACCGCAUCCGCAAGUUCCAGAUCCUGAACAACCAGAUCUUCUCCGUACUCAACAAGUACCUCAAGGCCAAUGAAAGCGACAGCUCUCCAGUGGAGAAGAUUCGCUGCUACCAACCUCCCAUCCACCAAUCGGUCGUUGACGGAGGAAUGUAAGUUGCAGAGAGACAGUUCAUGUCUGAAUUUCACAAAUCAAGUCUUAAGGAAAUUUUUUUUUUUCAUUUUGUAGUUUUUCAUACACAUACUCAGCUCAGUUUUGUAUAUAAAACAGUUUGACAUCCUGAAUUUGGACAUUGGAUUAAAACAUUGGCAGAAGUUUUGGUGACUUUUGCUUUAAUUUGAUUGUCUAGUCAUAUCUGGAAUAGCAGUUUUUCUCUUGAAAAAUGUCUAGCAUGCCUUCAAUUUAUUCUAAGCUGUUUUUUUUUCUAAGCUACAACUUCAAGAUGUGUUACCCGUGCUUUUUUCAAGUUUCACCUCAAAAAAGAUUUUUUCAAUAGUUAUUGUUAUUUCCUAGCAACAUGUUCAUUUGUGCACAAAAUGAAACCCAUUUUUCAGAGGGUUGCAGUUACCCAAAUUUGAAUAAAGUGUGGUGUUUUUUUCCGUUAAAACAAAAACAUACAAAUGGAAAAUUCGUCAGGAGAAAAAAAAUCUUUUUAAGAGCACAGGGUAUUACUUCAUUUAUUGGAAGUAAUUAAACGAGAUUGCACAACUUGGCGUUUGCAUUGUUGUACAAGUGACAACUCCGCAAAUGAACUUUACAAAAGAUCUAAUGGUUGCAAAACUGUUGAAUUUCCAAAACACUAUAUUCUAGCUUGCUGAUUUGAAGCAAACAAAGUUGAGGAGACCACUUCAUUGUCAAGUUUUGCUCUCUGUUGUGGUUUGUUGUGGUUAUUUUGCAUGACAUGUAUUUAUUAAUAAUAUUUGGAUACAAGAGUACCAUGUAGGUUUUUGUGUUAAAUGUGGGUGUUUGAAUAUUAACAAAGUAACAUACAUGUAGUACCCAGUCAUUUUUUUUUAUCAAAACCCAUAGUUUACUGGGGGGGGGGUGUUCUUAAAACCAUGAAAUCUGAGCUUACAGAUUAACUACAGUAUGUCCGGUUUUUUUUAAUGCAUGUACAGUGUAAGAAUAUUUAUCAAUCAUAACCUGUGAACUUUACUUAAGGUAUAAGGUAUUUUCCCCUUUUUGUUAAUAACAAUAACAUGUCAAGAAGUACAUGUAAAUGCAUUGAGAUCUUCAUAAUAUAUGGAAAAUGAUGCUAUGUCAAAAAAUGUUAUUUUUAACUCAUCUAGGUUUUGACAAAGGCAAAGCUUUUGAAAAGAAAACUCAUUUUCUAGUAUAAAGUUAGAGAUUCACUGUAAAAGCCUACCUUGUAUAUUGUGUAUGCUAUCUGCAUUGAGAGAGACUUCUGUGUUUUGUAUAACAUGUUUCAAUUGGAGUUUGAAGAGCAUAUCUAUUAAGACAGCUUGGAAGGGAUACUUAAAAUGUCUAUGGCACUCAUUUAAGAUUUUUUUGUAAAUAUAUUUUGUAUUUUCAAUAGUAUUGCUGACUUUAAUUGGCACACAAUAUGUAUGAUGUAUAGUAAGAACCAGAUCUUUUUUUUUCCAUUUUAGUUUUUAAUUUAAUAGCCUGAUAAAGUAACGGUCAACAUAUAUCAUGUAUGAACUUUUGAGGAAUUCUGAUGAAAUAAAAAUGCUUUUAAUGUAUUGCCAAAUCUG